CGGAGCUUGGCAUAAAGUUCAAAUGCUCCUGCCCCCUGCCCUGCACUAUCUUUAACCAGGGGACUCUGAUAAGAGAGCUGAAGGGAUAUUACCUUUGCUCCCUCACUGCAAUCGAAAGCAUUCUUAACGUCCAGGUGGCCCCCACUGGCUAACUUGCUGUGGAGUUUUCAAGAGCAUAGAAACAAAGUCAUUCUUUUUACUAUCAAAAGAAGAUGCUGUUUAACUUGAGGAUCCUGCUGAACAAUGCAACUCUUAGAAAUGGUCACAAUUUUGUGGUUCGAAAUUUUCGGUGUGGACAACCACUACAAAAUAAAGUACAACUGAAGGGGCGUGACCUACUCACUCUAAAGAACUUUACAGGAGAAGAAAUUAAAUAUAUGCUAUGGCUAUCAGCAGAUCUGAAAUUUAGGAUAAAACAGAAAGGGGAGUAUUUGCCUUUAUUGCAAGGGAAGUCCUUAGGCAUGAUUUUUGAGAAAAGAAGUACUCGAACAAGGUUGUCUACAGAAACAGGAUUUGCACUUCUGGGAGGACACCCUUGUUUUCUUACCACACAAGAUAUUCAUUUGGGUGUGAAUGAAAGUCUCACAGACACAGCCCGUGUGUUGUCUAGCAUGACAGAUGCAGUAUUGGCUCGCGUGUAUAAACAAUCAGAUCUGGACAUCCUGGCUAAAGAAGCUUCCAUCCCAAUUGUCAACGGGCUGUCAGAUUUGUACCAUCCUAUCCAGAUUCUGGCUGAUUAUCUCACGCUCCAGGAACACUAUGGCUCUCUGAAAGGUCUUACCCUCAGCUGGAUUGGGGAUGGGAACAACAUCUUGCACUCCAUCAUGAUGAGUGCAGCGAAAUUUGGGAUGCAUCUUCAGGCAGCUACUCCAAAGGGCUAUGAGCCAGAUCCGAGUGUAAUCAGGUUGGCAGAACAGUACGCCAAGGAGAACCGUACCAGGCUAUCGCUGACAAAUGAUCCAUUGGAAGCUGCACGUGGAGGCAAUGUAUUAAUUACGGACACUUGGAUAAGCAUGGGACAAGAGGAGGAGAAGAAAAAGCGGCUCCAGGCUUUCCAAGGUUACCAGGUUACAAUGAAGACUGCAAAAGUUGCUGCUUCUGACUGGACAUUUCUACACUGCUUGCCCAGAAAGCCAGAAGAAGUGGAUGAUGAAGUCUUUUAUUCUCCACGAUCACUAGUGUUCCCAGAGGCAGAAAACAGAAAGUGGACAAUCAUGGCUGUCAUGGUGUCUCUGCUGACGGAUUACUCACCUCAGCUCCAGAAGCCUAAGUUUUGAUGCAAUGAUGCUUGUCAAGAAAGAAAUGAUAUUCUACAGUAGCAGAAUGAAUUGGUUUAUGGGGGAAGAAGAGAAUCUAAAAAAUAAACAAAUCCCUUGCAUAUGACAUAGGUGAACUGUAUGAUAUUGCUUUGCCACUGUGAAACCUUCCCGAAGCCCUUAAUUUAAGUGCUGAUGUACUGGAAUACCCAGCUUGACUUGGUUAAAACUGUCUCUCCAAUUUUCAAUUUCUAAGUUACAUUUGACUAUCAUAUUAAUUAUCAUAUAAAUUUGUUCCAACUAAAUAUAAAAUAUUAUGCUCAUAAUG